CAACACACAACCCAUAUCAUAAUUGGUUACCAAAGGGAAAAUACUUGACAUUUUGAGGAUAAUAUAUAGUUAACAUGAUAAGCUGAUUUAAGUCACCAAAGUGACCAAAACUUUAUGGCGUUGCAAAAUUGUUGUCAUGCACGCAAGAAUGGUAAUGUGUCUGUCCAUAAAUUUUACAUGACACAAUCAUCAAAUGGUGGCCGGAAAGAGAGGUUUGGAGAGGUGUCAUCGGCUCAGCCGGCUGCUGCGAGGUCUCCGGCCGAGGAGUUUGCACCACUAGCUGCAACAUUUAGGCGACGGCUGCUUGUUGGUGUUGGUUCAGCUUCUCUAGUGGUUGUUGGAGCAAAUUUUGGUGGAGUUACAAGUUUUCUUCUGGGGUUGUCUCCUGAAAGUGGGAGAAAUCUUAAGCUUGAUGUUUUGUAUCCAAUUAAAGGGUUUAGUCGUUGCAUUGACACUAAUGAAGGAUUUGAAUUCAUAUACCCAGAAAGCUGGGUGGGAGACCAGACAUUGUUGUAUAGAGCAGCUGAGAAAAGAGAGUUUGAGAGAUCACUUGACCCGCCUCCCCUCAACAAUGGACGGCGCAAGAAUGUUAAUGAACCAGUUGCUGCAUUUGGACCUCCUGGUUCAAGUGGAGAGCUCAAUGUUAGUGUCAUUGUUUCACCAGUCCCUCUGGAUUUCUCUAUUGAAGCAUUUGGAGGGCCUAAGGAGGUGGGAGAAGCUGUAGUUCGGACGAUCACAGGCGCGGGGCGACGCCCAGAUGUGAAAGGAACUCUGAUAGAAUCAAGGUUGAGAGUAGAUUCUUUGAGGAAAGUUCAGUACUAUGAGCUGGAAUUCAGAGUUGAAAGCCCAUCGUUCCAGAGACAUAAUGUAGCAGUCUGUUGUGCUGUCAGUGGCAAGUUAUAUACUCUAAAUGCACAAGCACCAGAAUCGGCAUGGCCAGAAGUGGAAUCAGACUUGUAUGCAAUUGCUGAAUCAUUUGCUCUCACCUCUUGAAAUGCGGAGAAAGAAACAAAGUACCUGUCUCUCUAUCGCAAUUGUAAGCUUUCGCCGAGUUUUCACACACCUGCAUUCAAUUUCCCAGCAGGAUUGUCUGCAAGUUCAUGUUAAAUUCAAGAAAAACAUGAAAUCACAGUUUUUGUCAUGCGACUUUCCGAACCUGUGUUUGCAAGGAAACUUAAAUAGAGACCUUCAAUAAUAUCAGUCCAAACUCUUCUGGCAAUGAUCCUUAUAAACUGUAUGAUGCCAUCAAAUCAGAUAAUCCCUCAGAAUUUCACAACACAUUUCAUAAA